UUUCGUAACAAUGUUUUUAAAAAUCGAUUCAUGGGUUGGCUAAAUUAUAGAGUUAGUUUCAGGAAACUUUAGCUCACAAUAAUAAGGGGGCGUUUCUAUUAUUUUGCGAUACUGCAAAACAAGAUAUAGAUCCACAUUUCGCAUAUAUCGUAACAUGCCAAUCAUUUCCAGCAACUUUGAAUUACUUGCAUAUUAAAGGUAGUAAAUAUAUUGCAACCCUGUGACACAAGUACAUCCUCUCUUAGAGAGGAAAAUUUCCCCACCAAGAAAUGGAAGUCUAUAGACCGGAAGAUGCAUUUGCUAUAAAUCUUCGAACAUUCAAAUUGUUUGGCGUUUGGCCUUCCUCAAUAAAACAUCCCCUCUUAAGCUUUAUUUACAAACUUUAUGGUUAUGCUAUCCAUUUUUAUUAUAUUGGAGGACUUUUACCGUCACAAUUUACAAGCAUGUAUAUUAUGCGAACUGAUUUAAAAGAACUUGUUGAUAGUUCAUUUUUCACAUUGACUUGUGUUGGUUAUGCAUCGAAACUUGUUGUUUUUUUAUUUCGACGCAAAAAAAUUGAACAAUUCUUUCAAAGAUUGCACGAUCCAAUUUUUGUUCCAAGAAGAAUUGAACAUUUGAAUAUAAUGAAAAAAUCGGCAAUUACAGGACGAGCAAGUUCCAUUACAUUUCUCUCUUUAUCACUCGGCACUUGUGUAUUAUGGAUAGUUUUUCCCUUAGUUGAAAACAGAGAGGUAAAGACAUUACUUUACGCUGCAUGGUAUCCAUACAAUGCAACAGUAAAUCCCGCUUAUGCAUUCACAUACAUUUCGCAAACAAUUCUUUUGCUAACGACAGCAGCUAUGAAUUCAAUGAUUGAUAUAAUGACGACCAAUUUUUAUGUUGUUAUGGUGGGACAAAUGGAAAUUCUCAAACAAGAUUUUCGUGAAUUAACAGAUUUUGUUGCAGUAAGCUCAAAUAAAAAUAAAAAUUUAGUCGUUGAUAAAUCCUUAAGAUCGUCCCAUUCUUUAGAGAAUGUUUUUUAUUAUAAUGAAAAAGUAUUAGACAAUAUAUUAAAUGACCGAAUAAUUCAAUGCUUGUUACGAUACCAAGCAAUUAUCAAAUUUGUCAAUGAUGUAACAAAUUUUUUUGAAAUUGGAAUUGUGGUACAAGUCUGCGUCAGUAGCUUUAUUAUUUGUGCAACAACUUUCGAAAUAACAUUAAUUUCGCCAACUACGGUGCAAUUUUAUAUGUAUUUUCUGUAUCAAUUGUGCAUGUUGUAUCAAAUAUUUAUUUAUACUUGGCGUGGUAAUGACAUCACCAUAAAGACAGCAGAACUAAAAAAUACAGUUUACGAAUGCGGAUGGAUGUCAAUACCAAAUAAAAAAUUCAGAAAAUCCAUUUGCAUUAUAAUGUCACACCUUCAAGUGCCUUUAACAAUAUGUGUCGGAAAAUUUUUUUUAUUGUCUGUCGACACUUUCUUCAAGAUUAUAAAAAUGUCUUAUACCUUUUAUAUUCUUUUAAAACAAGUCCACUUCUGAAAAAAAUAAAUAUAUAAAUUGCCAG